AUGAGUCAGAUUGCCCAAGCGGUGGGACAAAUACACCAAUCGGGGCAAUUCCCAAGUACUACUGUUCCAAAUCCGAAAGACUGCAAGACAAUCUACUUAAGGAGUGGGACAAGCUAUGAGUGUCCUCCUAUGCCCGAGGUGGAAGCUAAUGAAGUGCCCGAAGAGAAAGAAGAAGAGGAGAUUGAGGUGGAAUCACCUCUUAUGCAAUCCAAGGUUCAACCCGAGGCAAUUGUUUCUCCCAAACCAAGAGAGGUCAAAAUUCCUUUUCCUCAAGUGGUGCAAAAGAAGAAGUUGGAUGAGAAGUUUGUCAAGUUCCUUGAGAUCUUCAAGAGAGUGCACCUCAACAUACCUCUUAUUGAGGCUCUCCAACAAAUGCCCGGCUACCUCAAGUUUUUGAAAGAGAUUAUGUCCAAGAAGAAGAGGUUGGUUGAUUAUGAAACCGUGAAUUUGACCGAGAAUUAUAGUGCAAUCAUCCAACAAAAGAUGCCGGCAAAGAUGAAAGAUCCAGGGAGUUUCAACAUUUCUUGUGUGAUCGGGAAUGAUAGGCAAACUAAGGCCUUGUGUGACUUAGGGGCAAGCAUAAAUCUCAUGCCUUUAAGCUUCUUCCGGAAGUUGAAGUUUGGUGUCUUGAAGCCAACUACCAUUACCCUCCAAAUGGCGGACAAGUCCGUCAAAUUCCCCAAUGGACUCCUUGAGAGUGUAUUGGUAAGGGUGAAUGAUUUCAUCUUCCCCGUGGACUUUGUUGUUUUGGACAUGAAGGAGGAUUCAAAUGUCCCCCUCAUCCUUGGAAGACCAUUCCUUGUAACCGGGAAAGCUCUAAUUGACGUCACUAAGGGAGAACUCACCCUUAGGCAUGGAAACAAGACGGUCAUUCUCUCUAUUUUGGAAAAGAUGAAACGCCAAGAAGUGGAAGAGGCCAAGAGAGUGGAAGAGGUGCCCUUGAAAGUUGAAGAUUGCAAGAUGAUACAAGUGACACAUGUGAAGGGUAAGGAUGAUGAUGUGGAGAAACCUCUAGAGGAGAGUUGUAAAGGAAGUGUUAUUGGGGAAGAUGUGAAGGCCACUUGGUAG